AUGGAUUCCUCCAAGGCCUCGGCUGAAGGUACCGGGCCCUUUUCCCUCGUGCCACGGAAUGCCAGGCCAACUCAUCGUUCUCGCCCGAUUCUCUCAAUGCCGGCAAUGGCGGCCAUGUUAGCGUCCAUGGUCCCCUUUUCGAACCUGAGCCCGGUCAAAUGCGGUCCAUGCCAUCCUGAGCAGGAGCUGGGCCGACCAGGGGUUGUUUUUUUCCAUUGGGGUGGUUUGGCCGUGGCGCUCCUCCCCAAACGCUUGUUGGGCCCGGCGACCAACGAGCAGGGGUUGGCUGCUGGGCUGCUGCUUCCCCCCCGCCCCUGUCCGCGCCAGGUCCUGCUCCCCCCGUACCUCACCCUCACACUCCCGUCCAGGUCGCUCCUCAGGAUCGCCCGCGAGCGCCGCUCGCCGCCGCCUUUCCUUUUAGCUCCCCGGCCUAUGCUGCUGCUACUAAGGUACCUUACUGCUGCAGCAGCUGCCGGUCUACGAAUAGUCGUCCAUCCCCAAAGGAAUCAGCUUCGUCAUCUUUGCACCAUCCCAUCCCAUCCUCUCCGAACCGAACUGCUGAGCGUGGGCACAUACGGAUACAUAUGUACUGAGGAAAGGCUGCUUGAAUGCCUCUCUUCUAAGCCCUUUUCUUGCCCUUCUCCCCUUCGCCUCCGACCCCGCGAAACCCCAAACUCUAAUCGUGAUUCACUGUUCACUCCCGACCCAUCCCUCGCGAGCGAACGAACGAACGAACGAACGAACGAACAACCACUCUUAGCCCCCUUUCACUCCCUUGCUGUCUUCCCCAACAAUUACGCUUUCGCCUCCGCACACCUCGCGGCACAGCUCAACCCAGCUACCCGACUACCGGCCUUGACUAGGUUCGAGAGACCACAACAUCUCGGCCAAGAAAGUCAAACCACUGUCGUCUCUGUCCCUACGUUCCGGCUCACCUGCUUCAAGAUACCCGCCCUCCAACCUUACGUACGGAAUCUCAGCGCCUCCGUCUCUUCGACAUGGAACUCUAUAAACCCGGCAACCCUUAGUGGUGCCAUCGAUGUCAUCGUCAUCGAGCGGGAGGACGGCUCUCUCAACUGUUCGCCUUUCCACGUGCGCUUCGGAAAGUUCUCUCUGCUGAGGCCCUACGAGAAGAAAGUCGAAUUCAAGGUCAACGGCGUCAAACAACCUUAUUCCAUGAAGCUCGGCGAGGAGGGGGAGGCCUUCUUCGUCUUCGAAACAAGCGAUACUAUCCCGAGGGAUCUGCAGACUUCGCCUUUAGUCUCCCCAGCGUCAAGUCCUCCCUUGAACCCGGAGAAUCCCUCUUCGCCUGGACUCGGGGAGCCAGAACUUCUGGAUCUGGAUUCGGAGGCUUCAAAGCCUCGACGACCGCCUCCAUCUGUCCUGCACGCAGCAACAUUCGGACCCGGACCCCAUGGGCUAAACACCCCUCUGUCAACGUCCCCUGACCUUUCAUCCCACGCACGACUGCGAUCGGAAGACUGGGAUUCCUCAGCCGCCCAGCGCCCUUACAGCGAUGAUGUCUUGCGCAAAUCAGCUCGUACGAGCGACCGAGUAUUCGGCGAAGGCCUGACCGACUUCGCCAUGUCCGAGCGAUCACAAAGCCCUCCUCCGUUGGCGCCCAAAGAAGCGCUGGAACGCGCUCUUAUGCUUUCCAAGGAGCUAUCGGCCAACAACAUUCCUAGCCAUGUGACCGAGAGCGGUGACCUCAUGCUUGACAUGACUGGGUUCAAGAGCAACGAAGAAGAUGUGUUCCGCGCCGAGAUUCUUGCGCGAAAGAUCCUCUCCGAGGAGCUCGAGGGCCCGUACGAUAUUGGUUCGCUUUUCGGCAUGGACGAGCAUGGAAACAUCUGGAUCUACAGCAGUGAAGAGGCCAAAGAGGCUGCGAAGAAGAAGACCAUGGAAGCUGGCUACCGCCUCCAUUCCGUGAUCGCGGCGGAUGCUGCGUCCGACCCGGGAUACCAGAGCGACGGUAGCGAUGUGACUACCACCGUGCCUCCUCCAAACCACCGAAGGACCGAGUCAGACGCCGGUGCAUCUGGCCUACACACUCCUCCUACGACACCUCCUCAAUCGACGGCUGGAGACCCAAACUUGAAUUACGCAAAGACGUUGAGGUUGACUAGUGAUCAGCUGAAAGACCUGUGUCUGAAGCCUGGAGAGAACACUAUGAGCUUCACCGUCAAUAGAGCAACGUGCCAGGCCAACAUGUACUUGUGGAGGCAUGAGACGCCCGUUGUCAUCUCGGACAUUGAUGGCACGAUUACCAAGUCGGACGCUCUGGGCCACGUUCUCAACAUGAUUGGCCGUGACUGGACGCACGCUGGAGUAGCCAAACUCUACAGUGACAUUGUCGCGAACGGAUACAACAUCAUGUACCUGACCAGUCGAUCAGUGGGUCAAUCCGAUACGACUAGGGCGUAUCUCGCCGGUAUUCAACAGGGAGAAUACCGGGUGCCGCGGGGGCCUACCAUCUUGUCCCCAGAUCGGACCAUGGCCGCACUCCGCCGCGAGGUCUACCUCAGGAAACCCGAAGUUUUCAAGAUGGCCACUCUUCGGGAUAUCCGCAAUUUAUACGGCCCUGAUCGGACACCAUUUUUUGCUGGAUUUGGAAACCGUCUCACGGACCAGAUUUCGUACAGGACGGUGGAUGUUCCCAAGAAACGUAUUUUUACCAUCAACUCCAACGCUGAGGUUUCCCUCGACUUGCUCACAUUGAACAAACUCAAGCUGAGUUACAUCAACAUCAAUGAGGUCGUCGACCACUUCUUCCCUCCCGUCAGCACUCUGGUCAAGGGUGGAGGAGAAGAGUAUACGGACUUUUCAUAUUGGAGAGAUACCCCAUUGGAUUUGGAUGAAUUCUCUGCGAGCGAUACAGAUGACGAUAAUGAGCAAGCUGAUCUGGAAGAAGAUGUUGACGAUGACGAGGAGAUUGGUGAUGAGAUGGGACAGAGCUACAUUUCCCGAGACUCGAUCGACGAUUACGGCGAUGAACGCGAGAGCAUCCUUAGUGGAAGCAUCGACGGCGACGACCAGCUGGCCGCCUCCAUCCUGGAGGAUGACGACGCCGAUGACGAGGACGCCGAAGAGGAGGAGGACGACGAAGCAGAAGACGAAAUGGCUGAGCUCGAAGUGCGAAAACAACGCGAGCGAACGCCUCAGCCCAGCGGCAAGGAAACCAAGUCUUCCACACCGGCACCAACGAUGCUUGUGGAAGACAUUGGCGCCGAGUUGAUCACUGGGGUAAAUCAUCUCACCCUUGAAAAAGGCGUGCAGAAAUACAGGUGCGAAAUAAUAUCUCCGUGUCGAUGCGCUUUUCUUGUACAAGACCCGGGAGUUUUCAGAAGAUGGCUUGGUGGUUACGAGCAUGCGGGAGGCGUUUGGGCUUUGAUAUCUCACUCGAUAGUGAUCUUGCAAAAGACGCUACAUCACUCAACUCUGCCGUUAUUCUGGUUCAUGAUACUUCAAACCCAGGUUCUGGGCGGCGGCAUCCUCUUGGACUCGUCUCCGGAGAGGCGGAUAUGA